AUGAAAUUUUUUAAAAAUGUAUCAAUUAUUUUAAUUAUAUUAAUUUUCAACUUAAUUAAUAAUAUAAAUUCUAUUGAAAUUAAUAAUAGUAGUAAUAACAAUAAUAAUAAAAAUGAAUUAUUAGAAUUAUCAUCAAAUUCAAAUAGCCAAGAGAAUAUGGUUGAAGUUAAUUUAUCAAUAAAAUCAUUAUCAUCUGUUGAUUUAUCAAAUAAAAUAAUUAAUUUAUAUUCAAAAUUACCAAGGUAUUCAUUCAAUGGUAUAAAAGUUGAUAAUAAUUUCUCACCAAAAAAUAAAACAUAUAUAGAGUCAAUUAUUUUAACAGGUUCACCAUUUGAAUUAAUUAUUAUAAUUACAAUUUUUACAAGUUUAAUUUGUUUAUUAAUUAAACUAUCUAUAAAAAUUCAUAAAUGGAGAAAGAAUAAAUCAAAUAAUUCCUAUCAUCUUUUAUUAGGAAAUCCAAAUAGUAAAUACCAUUAUAAAAAUAAUAAUUAUAAUAAUAAUAACAAAUCAUCAAUUAAAUAUAUAUGUUCAACUGUUAUUACUUUAAUUUUAUUGUUAUCAGUUUGCUCAUUUUUAUUUAUUUCAAUAUUUGUAAAUAAAGAUUUAGAUCAAUCAAUAACAAUAUCAAUUGAUAAUUUAGAAUCACAUCUUAAAAAUAGAGUUGAAGUUGAAAAUAGAAUUGUUAAAGAAUGUGAACCAAUCACUUCAAUACCAUAUGAUGCAAUGGAGAUAGUAUCAACUACCAAACAAAUAUUGAAUGCUACCGAAGAGACAAAAGAGUAUAUACGUGAAUAUGAAUAUUACAGAUACCAAUUCAUUUUCAUAUUGAUUCUAUCAUUAUUUGCUGUGAUUUCAUUAGGUUUAUUAUCAAUUAUAAUUCGAUUAAAAUGGGUAUUGGCUUUGUUCUUCAUUAUUGGUAUUUUCAUUACAUGUAUUGGUGUUUGGAUCGUACCUUCAACUCAUGUACCAAUGGGUGUAGUUAUCUCUGAUAUCUGUCCAAACAUGGAUACAAUCAUUAACCAAUAUGCACCAGAAUCAAUUAAUCCAUACAUUUAUUUCUUUUUAAAUUGUACAGGAAAGGAUGACUUUAAUUUCAUCUAUGGUAUGUUGGAUGAUAAAAUUGAAUCCACUCAAAAUUCCCUAGAAAGAGCUAAAUCACGUCAUUAUUCAAAUUCAACUAUCAGUAAAAUUCAAUCAAAAUUAGAUGACCUUGUUAAUUUAUCAAGAGAUGCAAAAGAUAUUUUAAAUUGUAAAAUAACUCAAAAUACUUUUAAAUCAACAAAAGAUAUAAUUUGUAUUGAUAUAAUAAAUUCUUCAUUCAUUUUAUCAAUUUUAUUUACUAUAAUUGGUUUAUUAUUAUCAAUUGCAUUUAUUACAUCAAUGGUAAUUUAUUCAAAACCUAAAAAACAAAAUAGAAAUAAUUUUGACAGUAAGAAACAAUUUGAUUCUCCAAAAAAGACAAGAAUGAUUAAAUCAAAAAAUAUCAAUAUUAAUGGUGCUAAUGAUGAGGAUGAUGAUGAUUUUGAAAGAGAUGAUUCUUUAACACCACUUUUAUCAUCAUCAGAAUCUUUAUUAAAUAGUUACUAUGAUGAUGAUACUGUAGUUUCAAAUAUUUCUUCACCAUUCUCUUCACCUUCAAAUAGAUAUAUAAUUUAA